AUGUCACCAUUCUCAGGUCACUGGGUGAACGGUCAUAUGAAUGACUACGGAAUUGCCAACCGCAACGACUGCAUAUAUCCUGCACCACUGCAUUACAUGGCUCGUUGGUAUAACUGCAUAGAAAAAAUAGACGCUUCCAUAAAGGGCGGUAGGGUACGAUCACAGGCACAUGUAGACUAUGCCAAGGAGAUAGACUGUACGAUGACGAUUGAAGCCGACAAAGACCAGCGAAUCCUUUUACAUUUUGAAAUGUUUGUAACCAAUAGCAACACUCAAGGAGAAGGAUAUGAGUUUAUCUUCUCUGCUGUUACAUAUGCACGGGUUACACACACGUGUCCAAGAGACGGUGACUUUCGGUGUGAGAACGCAUUAUGUAUUGCUUCUGAAUUACAAUGCGAUGGCAAUGAUAACUGUGGCGAUGGUACCGACGAAUCGAACAGCCAGUAUGAAGCAAACUGCCCUCUACCUUGGACAGACAUCAUUGGUAACAUUUUAAGACUGGGCAACGCAGCUAUCGUGGCGAUAUUGGCGCUUCUAAUAUUGUUAGUCAUAUCCCUUAUCUGCCUCAUCGCAUGCUGUUGUCGAAAAAGUAAGUGCGUGCCCGGCAACAAAAGGAAAAAGCGAUAUAUCAAGUACUCUCACGCAGUGCGAGGUGAAAUAGCUGGUUCCUCUCUGCAGUAUCAACACGUCAAUUCCAAAUCUAAAAAAGACGACACGCAACAAUCUACACUGCGUAGUUACACGCCCGCCAUUAUGGAAGGGGGUUUCCUUGGAGACGAAUUCCUGAAAGGUGGUCGUAAGCAAUGUCGCGAAGUGUAUAGGCCGAUUAGAGAAGAUUCAUUCCCACAGUUGCCGACUCCGUCCAAUACUCCGGUGGACGGUGGGUAUAAUAGAGACUCGGUGACGCCUUCGGCAUUGAAGAAUUCGGACAUUUCUGCAAUGCUGACAUCACUGGAGAAGCAGCAAAGACGAGAGUCGACAGAGGAACACGAUUGUCAUGACAUAUAAACGGUGUUGAUAUUAUGGACCUAUCGAUAUGUAACUGAACCGAUCAAGUUGUCAUUAACAAAAUGCAACACUGUUCAACAUAAUAAUAUUGACUUCACAGUUCAACGUCUGCUACCGUUGUGGGACAACAAACAUUAUGCCAUGAUAUCUAGUGUACGUUCUUUAUGUCUUGGUUAACAUAAAAAAUUAUAAAUGUACAUAAUACGGUACCAGUCGAGUGUUAGAAAUUAAAGCGGACACCUAGGCCGGAGCAAAUUCUGCACCUGCCUCACGAUGAGGACAACAACAGCUGACUAACUCUAAUUCAAUUUGCAGUAUUUAUUAGACU